AUGGGGGUGCUGGACAUCUUCACGUCCAUCAAAACCAAAGCGGAGAACUUCCUGAACGAGAAGAACGUGGUGACGGACUUUCUGGGGAAGCUGGAGGAGAAAACGGGGAUAAAGAAGAAGAUCAUUGCGUUUGGUACGUGAGGUUUGUCCUCCUCCUCCUCCUCCUCUCCUGGUUCCUCAGGAACAUGUUCUGGAUGGUUCUACGGUUGGUUUAUUUGAGGUUGGUGUUGUUGGUGCCUGCAUGGUGCAUGUCAAUGGGAACCUGAAGAGGAUUCAGUUAAUCCUCCUGUGAACUUUAGGAGUGGCCCAGUUAACAGCUGCUGACACGGACCUGGACAUGUUCUGGACUUUUCCGGGUCACCUAAACCUGUUCCUUAAAACUGGUUCUGUCAGCGUUUGAUUUUCAAACAUCUUUGAUGCUUUUCCUCAGAAACUCAGUUGGACUGAACGCUGCACACAGGUGUUGAUCCACCUGAUCAGCUGAUGUUAGAGUCUUUGAGUCUCGGUCUGAACAUGGAGGUCUGGUGGUGGAGAUGUUUGUAUUUCAGCCUCAGCAGUAAACUUUCAGGUCAGCAGACCUGCUGGUCCAACGUUCAGCUCUUCUGCUCUUCUGACUGAACUUGUCAAAUCUACAGAAACCGGGUUUAGCGCUCAGUGAGGCAGGAAGUCUGCGUGAUACAGACUGCAGACACAUGUGAGCCGCCAGUUUCCUCCGUUGUCCCACUUUGGGUUGAUUUUGCCGACUGGUCCAUUUUCUGACUCAAUAGAGAGGGUGACCUUAAGACUGUGAACACAUGAAUUAAAAGGUAAGACUAAGAGCAUCAGUGUCAGGAUGAGGGUCACUUCGCCAUUCAUCCCAACCAAGAAGGGGCGGGGCUUCAAAUCUUGUCAACAAGAACGAUAGAGGUCUGCAGCUUUGAGGGAGAAACUGUUUCUAAAGGUAUCUGGGUUUAGAGUCAAUGAACGGUUCUACUGGAGGCUUUUAUUGUGAAAAUCCUGCAGGCUGAUGAGGCCAGAUCAUUUCAGUGGAUUUAGACUUUAACAAAUCAUGUCAGAGGAGACGACUGAUGAACAAGAGGAACUCUAUCUGCACCUAAAAAAGAUCAAUUUUCUAGAUAAAAGAGGUUUGAGUUUUUCAUCGGUUAAAAUCUAAGAUCAGAGAGUUUUAGAGUCCGUCUGUGUCGAAUCUGAGAAGACCUCACUUAAGUUAUUUAAAACCUCAGCACGAACAAACUGAUGGAAAGUUUAUGUCCGUCGUCCCUUAACCUCUCUCCUUCAGGGGCAUGUCUGCUGUCGGAGAACCUGCUGAUUUAGACGAGGCAACAUCUCAGAUCUUCUCUGAGAAAUGAGGAUUCACCUCGACCACCCAGCUGUGGAGCUAAAGCUGCUGUCCCUGUCAGCACAGAGUCCAGCAGCUCAUCCCAGAGUCAAAGUCUGGGGUACCUGUGAAGCUUUUUGUGAAGUCCUAAAGUUCAACGCUGAAGGUGACAGACACUGAUGCCUCAGAGACGCCAUGAUGUAACAUCUGAAUGAGGAGAUGAUGCUCUACUCCGGAGAAACAACAAACAUUUAAAAAGGGAUACGAGUGUCAUGGAAAACUUCAGCAACUAUAGAGGGUCUACAGAGCAGCUACAGAGCGUCUACAGAGCAUCUACAAAGCUAUAGAGCAACAAUAGCGUACAGAGCAACGGUAGCAACUACAGAGCAGCUACAGAGCGUCUAAAGGGCGUCUACAAAGCGUCUACAGAGUGUCAACAGAGCAGCUACAGAACAUCUACAAAGCUACAGAGCAACAAUAGUGUACAGAGCAACGGUAGCAACUACAGAGUGUUUACAGAGUGUCUAAAGAGCGUCCAGUGUCUACCAAGUGUCUACAGAGCAACAAUAGCGUCUACAGAGCGUUUGCAGAGCGUCUACAGAGUGUCUUCAGAGCAUCUACAGAGCGUUUGCAGAGCGUCUACAGAGUGUCUUCAGGCAUCUACAGAGUGUUUACAGAGUGUCUAGAGCAACAUGAGGAGGAAAAGUCACAAACUCGACCACCAAAAGAGUUGGUUUGGUGCCGAGUUUCUCUUUGACCGUGUUGGGACGUGGACUUUAAAUCAGACAGGUAUGAGGUUUUCUCCGGGGUGCAGCAGAGGGGUCUUUCUGAUGGUUUGGUAGAGUCACUGCUGCUCCUCCAGAGUUGAAUAAAGACAGUCAAUCUGUGCUGUUGAAUCAGUGAGUCUAUUCAUGCUCCUCCUGCUGCUGCUGCUGCUCAUACAGAGGAUCAGUAACCCUGACGUGAUGUCAGCCUGGCGGUGCCUGGCGCUCAGUGUCCCCCGCCACGUCUCUUAAAGCAGAUUAUCAGAGCGAGCAGAGCGAGCAGAGCGGCUCCAUGAGUGAACGGCCACGUAAGCUGAUCAGAGGUAGGACGCUUUCAAAACACUUCCUGUCUCUGUCACGGCGUGCUGCUGUGGCCAUACCUGUGCUGCGUUCACUGACCCUCUCUGGGGUUUCUGCUUGUUUCACAGGAGAGCGAUCAGGGUUGACCUGCAGAUUCAGAGUUUAUAAAUCCUGUAUCAAUCAUUGGUAACUCCCCCUUAUUGACAUUAUUGAUUAUUUUGUUGUUUUGUCUGUUUGAUAAGUCGGUUCUGUGGAGCAGCUGUCUGUCGCUCCGCUGAUGGAGAGGCUUCUUGACUUUAUGAAGGUUUGUUUGUGGUGUUUGACUGAUUUGAGGAUUUUCAGGUUUUUUGAAAAGAAGAAAAUAAUGAACCUGUUUGAGGAAGAACAAACUGAGCUAUCAGGAAAAUACAAGGAGAUGACAGACGAGGAUUUCAUUAGACUCUGAGAAAUUAGAGAGUCCAUGUUUUUUUAUAUCUGCUGAAAUUAUCAAGUCUUCUAGUUUGAAACACUUAAGAGUUUCUGUCUGAUAAUAGAAAACUAAUAUACACCUCCUCCUCUCCACUCCUCCUCUUCCUCUCUCCUCUCUCCUCCUCCUCCUCUGAGCGGUUUGGUUGAUUUGAAGCUCUCCUCUGUAUUUUUGCAGCAUCCUGUAACAAACUUUGGAGUGUGUGACCCUCAGGAUUUCUCUGUGCAUGUUUGUGUGACAGUGUCUUUCUCUGUGAGUGUGGACAGGAAGUGUCUCCUGUCUCCUCCUCCUCUGUCCUCUCACCUCCUUCUCCUCCCCUCGUUUGACAGAAGGUGUCUCCUCUGUCUCCCGUCCAGGUGCCGUCUCACUGACUGGACUCUACCUGGUGUAUGGAUAUGGUGCCUCUCUCCUCUGUAACCUGAUUGGAUUUGUCUAUCCGGCCUAUUAUUCGUGAGUAUUCCUGAAUCAGGACGCAGAUCUACUUAUGUGCGUCCUUCACGCUCAGAGACAGGUCUGUUAACACUACAAGUCCCAGAGUGCAUUGCUGUCAGAAGCAUCAGGGAGCUGUGGGGUCUUCUAUGUGGAAAGUGCAGAUGAUAAUUAAACCUGCUGAAAUUAAACUUGUGGAUCUGAUCCUUCAUGAGAACAGGAGGAGUGGAGUUCAGUUAGGACUGGGCGAUGUACUGAUAUAAGAAAUACAUCAAUAUAUUUUUAAACGAGAUAUGGAAUUGGACCAUUUCACACCCGAGGCCUUCAGUGCUGUUCCACUUUGUCCUACCUGAAUUAAUACACCUUAUAAUAUCAUCAAUACAACAGCACAAGAAUCCAUCAGAAUCACACUUAAACACUACAUCACCUUAAUAUAAGCGAGUCGACCAACAUUUAAUUUCCGGAGCAUUUAGAGCCAAUAAGCACAGAUUCACGGUUAAGAGUAGAAAACUAACAUCAUAGAUACUGUCAAAACUCAAAAUAAGAGGUAAUUUUAAGAUUUAAGUCAACAAAAGACCGCCAAAAGUCCUCUAUGUGAGCUCAAACAAGUUCGUCCAUUAUCGCCAUUAAAAGUAUAAAGUUUAAACUCACCGACACUGAUCUCCUCCACAGAGCCUGUUAAUCUGACGAUAAAAUCCACCCUCCUUUCUUUUCUUAAAAGGAAUUCAGCGGCUCUGUUUUUCCAGUUUAUCUGAGCAGUUCAGUCCCAUCAGUAAACGGAGGUUAAUGCUGAAAACCGCGUCUGUUCGGACGUGUUUCUGUAGCAGAGAUAGCCGUUAGCUAACAGAUCUCUGGGUUAGUUCGACAUAUUAAAAAGUCCCGCCUUUCAGGUUCUCGUGGGUGCCUAUCCAAUCAGAGGACACGCACAUUCUAGUUCGGCGUAAGACCUUCGCUGUUAGCCAAUGGAGACCGACGUCCGCGCAUGGCGGCCAUCUUGCUAAGGGCAGCUCUCCCACUCCCAACAUUCCAGUCUACGGUUCAUGUAUCAUUUAAAUAACCAUAGAUUGAUUAAUUUUAGAUAACCAUAGAUUGAUUAAUUUUAGAUAACCAUAGAUUGAUUAAUUUUAAACCGAUUUUUAAACGUUUUGGUUUGUAACAAACCUCAGAGUUUUAGUUAUGUUCCUGCUUACUCAAGAAUAAUUUUAACCAUGGAUUUACAUAAAUAAACAUUAAACAGAUAGGUAGAGAAACAGCUAUAGGCCUACACACACAAGGCAGUUAUAUUAAAUCAUUUAUAUAUAAAACAUUUAAUCAUGUAUGUUAUAUUAUUAAUAUUUCUAUUAUAGGGAUAACUAUAAUAACAUAUAACAAUAACAUAUAUAAAUAUUUAUUUUCUAUAUAAAUUUCUGCCUCAUGUUUCCAUUUUAGAUGUUUUUAACAAACCAAACAGUUUGGAAAUUCAUGAACAACUUCAGGUAUGUUGAAACUAAAGAGCUGAUAAACACAAGACCAUCCACAAAGACUGCCUUUAGACUGAAUAAAUAAAAUAUAAGCUGUCAUACAAGAAAUUAAAAUCUUGAUUGUGGUCUCAGCCUUAACAAAGUGACUCAAAGUUAGUCCAGUGAAGUGAAACAGCUGUUCUUCAUGAUUAAGUCUUUUUUUCUUUAAGUAAAUCUGUCAUUUUAAUAUGUCCAAACAUCCAGACUCAGAGUCACGUUAUUAAGGUCUGUAAUAAACUAAACCGUUUAUAAAUCUGAUUUCAGUGAGUUAAGAGGAUUUUUGACGGGGACGCCGCUGACUCCACCUCAUAGUCACCCAUCCUUUCUUAUAGAUAUCUAUGUUCGAGCUAGCCUUGGUGUCGCAGACUCGAGAUCUGAUUGGCUGUUGCAACUGACCGUGUUGUUCACUUAAAGCUUACAGGAGCCUGUUCUGUUGAUUCUGAAGGCCUUGGGCAGAUUUCAACGCACCUGACAACACAAGCUAGCUGAAAUAUGAUUGGAUAAAAACUUCCAUCAUAAUAUACAACACUGGCAGAAACUCAAACAAGUGGAUAUAAUAGGACAUAAAGAGAAACGACAAUAGAGAAUAAUUAUAUUUACAUAUUUAUGAAAAAAUAAAUCCAUGAAUGUACUUUUCUGAGUAUGAUUAGACCCGCAGAGAAGGUCUUGCUGGUCUUGACCGGCCUUGACCGGUUUAGAGUUCGAGGAAAUGAAUCCACAAUCCUUACAGAAGAGUGAUCUGAGGAAGUCUAAGUCCAGGACUGGUUCUCCUCUGUAUAAACCCUUAGAUUGGGGUUGAAUGUUGGGAUUAUAUUCAGUCUGGGAAUGUCAGGUAAUCUGUGCCACUGAAACAGACCCUGGAUAGAGGGAGAACCUGGACAGGUGGAAGUCUUGGUCAUAUUUCGGUGGGGGUGUAAUGGUUUGAGGGUGGUGGUGACGGGUUUUCAUGUUCAGAUCAUCUGAAGCUCACCGGCUGAUCUUCAUCCUGCAGAAUCAAAGCCAUCGAGAGCACCAGUAAAGAAGACGACACCAAAUGGCUGACCUACUGGGUGGUGUACGGGGUCUUCAGUUUGGGCGAGUUCUUCUCCGACAUUUUCCUCUACUGGUUCCCGUUUUACUACGCCUUUAAGGUGAGGAGACACUCAGAGACCAGGGACGGGUUUGAGUAUGACAGGGCCGCUGUAGACCGUGGGGGGUCAGGAUUAUUGAGGACUUCUUCAGGUCUUUGUUCUUAAAGAGUUCUCUGUCCCUUGUGGGUCCAGUGUCUCUUCCUGCUGUGGUGCAUGGCCCCCAUGUCCUGGAACGGCUCCCAGAUCAUCUACAACAGAGUGGUCCGACCCAUCUUCCUCCGCCACGAGGCCAUGGUGGACAACAUCGUGAGUGACCUCGGCGGGAAGGCCAUGGACGCCGCGGAGAACCUCACCAGAGAAGGUACAGAGACCACAGUAAGACCACAAACCGUGUUUAGACGUCUACAUGAACGCUCCCGUCCUCUCUGCAGUCCUGUCCACACUGGUGAAGAAUAAAGCUCUGGUGAGUCCGGCGCCGACGGCCUCUCAGUCUGAACCCAAGAGUUUACCGAGCUCUUCGUCAGCUAAAGUCGCUCCAUCAGAACCAGAGGAGGAAAAACAAGUAAGUCCAGCAGUGAGACCACCCAGUACUUCAGCUAAACCAGCAGGACUUUAGACUCUGUUCAGUCUACGUAUGAAAAAAGAACCUCUGGACUUCUAACAGGUCAGCUGAUACAGAUACGGCCUCUGAUUGGUCAACAGAUCAAAACAAAGAUGUCCUGAAGUCAAAGUUUUCAGGAAAUAUUUGUUAUAAAACUUCUUUUUUAUGAGGAAAGUUUUGGUUUAUAAAAAUAUUCGACUCAUUUUAAUCUUAAAUUUUAUUUGAGUAUUUUACUGAAAGCUGAACUCAGGUCAGUGAUGGUCUUCAGUGUUUAACAGCAGAGGACCAGGACUGUCUGUUUCCAGUCUGUAUGUCAGAGGUUAGUACGAGACCGGAGCUCUAACGUUCCAGGGAGGAAAGGGUUAAAACGGGAUGGUAGGUGAAGGCCCCGCCUCCUUUACCUCUGAUUGGCUAGAAGUACUGGGCUCCGAUUGAUUAUACCUUAUGGCUGUGAAACGUCAUCGUCUGUCAAGUUAGGAAAUUAAUACUGUGUUCGCGUUUCCUCAGAAGUCAGAUAUCAGAGCUGAAAAUGACGUCACACACGAGUUCUCAGCGUUUUAGUUACCAAGUCGGAAAAAAGAAAAAUCGGAGGAAACAAGAUGGCUAAAUCUACCAAAGUUAUUCAAGCACCUGCGAAUAUGAGGCAAGCGAUAAAAUAACUUUGGUAGAUGUAGCCAUCUUGUUUCCUCCGAUUUUGUUUUGCAUCUGACUUCUGAGGAAACUCGAACGCAGUAUUAAGAUACUGAGAAUUGUGAUCAUGUUCUGUAAUCUUCUGUUCGAUGUAAAGAGCCGACAGACCACACUCGCCUUAUGCGCGUGAGGAUGUUUCACAGCCAAUCAGAGGCCAAGGAGGCGGGACCAUCCCCUACCAUCCAACGAAAAAAAAAUAUUGCUGACCGGAGACAUGUUAGCGUAGAAAAUGUCUAAACUUUCCGCCACAGUGCGACACUAACCCGGCUGUCCUUCCUGUUUCCUGUUCCAGCCUUUCCUGGGUUAGUCGGCUCGGUAAGUCAGCUGGUUUUUCACGAACAUGUCAAUGUGAGGAGAGUUAGCGUGUAGCAAGUCUGUUAGCUCUCCAUCUGCUGCCACACACACACACACACACACACACACACACACACACACACACACACACACACACACACACUUUAGCAUCAGAUCAUCUUCUCUGAUCUUUUAAACCUGAUUAUCAGCUUCUGAAAUAUCACGACACAAACAACAACGACAGUGCUGCUCAGACGUGGUGGUGAUGGUGUUUGUGUGUCUCUGUUUUAGCGAACUGAUCUGAGCAUGUGCAGUCAGCUGGUUUAAAGUUCAAACACUCUGAUGGUAAGUUUGUGAUUUCCUGUUUUUUUGUUUUUUUUUAAGUUGUUCAGAUAA